AAAGGAAAAAAUAAUUUAAAAUGGAAAAAAAAAUAAGUUAAACUAAUUUAUUAAUUAUGUGGAUAGUUUAGAUGAUUCAGAGAUGAUAUAUACUCAUUCAUGAAUGGAAAACAACACCAGCAUUGCUCUUUCCAAAAUUUUCAUUUUUAUUUUAAACUUUUAAGUUGUACUUAGAACAAUGUGUGUCUACCUGCAUUUCCUUCAGCCAAAAUAAUCUAAUCAGUGAUUAGUUUGCAUAUGAAUGCCUGGCAUGCUGUGUAGCCAGGAGCCAACCACAAGACAUGUGCUUCUCUUGACCUUUGUCCACAAGCCACCUCCCCAAGAAAAAACCUCAUUCUUGGAUAGAAGUGGAAGGAGACAGAUCUCAAGAAUGACUUCGGAUACUACUCAAAUACAAUUUAUAGAAAUGGUGCAAGCUUACCCACAACUGUGGGACAAGUCCCAUGAACUUUAUUCGGACCGGGUAGCCAAACAGAGAACUUGGCAAGACAUUGCACAGCAACUGACUAAAAACUGGGACCAGUUGAGCUCAUCCAGUCAGGAAAAAAGAGGUAAGGAUUAAUACAGCUUUGGGCUUGGCUUGGUUGGGGAUGUAAACUCUUUACACUUACUGACAAUUGUUUUUUUCCUUGCACAGUGAACAGUUUUAAAAAUAGAUGGAAGUCUCUAUAUGAUAGAGUAAAGAAAGACUUGAGAAAAGAGCAGGUGACACAGAGAAGUGGUUCUGCAGCUGUUCACAAACGGCACCCUUUAAUUAACCACAUGGCUUUUCUGAGGGACACCAUGAACUCCAGACCGACAACAUCUAAUGUAUCUGAAGACGAAAUUCCACCACAAGCACCGGACAAUGAAACGGAGCAAGUGCCUAUAAAUAGUGAAUGUUCAGGGCCAACUCAAGUAGACACAGUGACACAAGACUUGGAACCCAGUGGUGUCGCACCAGAGGUUGCUAACACAGGCUCACCACCGCGCAGCCAAAAAAGGGUUCGUCGACAAAAAGAGAACGACCAGGUUCCAUCUCAGGUGGAACAAAAUCUAAUGAAAUUAAUGGAAGAUUUACGACAGGAGAGGACAAGAAGUGACAUCUUCCUCAACCCAAACAAUCCACGCACCUGCUUUUUGCGUGGUCUAUAUUUUCUUAUGGAUACUUUAGAGGUUGAACGUGAGAGGCAAUGUUGGGUUAACAUUCAUUCUUACAUUGCCUCUUGCAGAAUGGACCAAAUGCAUUCUCGUCCAUCACCGGACUUGCCUUGCCAUCGGGCAAAUGUGCAACCGGCAUAUGAUCAAUCAGGACAUGCUGGUCCAUCAUUUGCCCAAGCUCCUCAACAAUCUAUGUUUACAACACAUAGAUCACAAGCUCUAUUUCCUAGAGCUUCAUCAAGUUCAUCUCCCUUUCCCAAACCGGGUAUGGUUCAGCCACCCACCCCGCAAAGGAUGCCUAUCCCCCAAAAUUUUGAUGAUAUGUCCAACGAUUCGUUUUUAACGUAUACAACAUUAUAAGAAAUAUUAUAGGGGUAGAUACACACAACGAGUACGUCGGGGUAUCUACUGAUAGCCCAGCGUACUUUCUGAUUUCACGCGUCAUAUUGUAGUUUUGAAUCCUCAAAACAAGAUACAACGCCUUCUUUGUUCGAUAUGAAAACGUUCGCGCGGCCAUUGCAUUCUCUUACGUUAUCAAUAGUCGUCAUUUUUCCAGCUGUUGUUGUUUUGCUGUAAUAGUUAGACUGCCAUGUUAAUUAUGACCGUUGUUCCUGCAUUUAUUUAGAAUUUUUUUUUUCAUUUGCGAAAGUCGUCGCUGAAUCGUGAUGGACUUAAGUCUGGUCUAAUUUCUAAAAAUUACGUCAUAGAGUUUUUUCUUUGCACAAUGCACGCCGGGAAAUUUAGGGACAGCGCAUGCGCAGUACAGUCGGCGCAGGGUCAAGCUUAAUUUAAA